CACCACUCCUCGUAUUCCUCCUUCCUUCAACAUAAAAUAGCUCAUUGAUUAUCAUCAAUCAUGUCAGACAAGGCUUCGAACGAUACGGGAAUACAUUCCCUGCCUAACGAGAUGCUCCUGAAGAUAUUAAAAACUACAUCCGACCUUCCGCUCCCUUCUCCUAGCUCCCGACCCCACCUUCUCGCCCUCUGCGGCGUUAGUCGCCACUGGAGGAGUUUAUGUUUCAGCGGCCCGGAGUUCUGGACCGUUAUUGACAUACCCUUUCACCAAGCGCGCAUCCAGGAUCCAAUCGAAUGGGCAUCAGUCCGGCUUGAGCGGUCAAAAGCGUGCCUUUUCGAUGUCUUCCUGGACAUUACCUCCGCACAAGACGCGACAACCGGGGAAUCUACGCGCCAGGUCCUGCAACUCGUGGCUAAUCACAUUGGUCGCCUCCGUCGGCUAUCCGUAUCUGCACCGUCACUUCGAUGCCAAGGUAUCGACUUUCUCUCCCCCCUUAAGCCUCUUUUGGCGCCGGCUCUCACAGAUCUAGAGAUUCUCCUCUAUGAUUACAGAAGAUUCGCUUCCGAGCUCACGACGAACGGCAGGUACAAUCUUUUCGCACAAGGUGUACCUCGGCUGUCGCACCAGCGGCUCCUUGGAACCAAUCCCCUUUCCCCGCUUACACACCUGAGUUCGCUCGAAAUCUAUCGUGUGUCAAUAACCCCAUCCACAUGUGAAAUGCUCUUUUCAGACUGCCCAGCAUUGAGGACGCUUGUUCUUCGAGGAGUGUGGCCAUUAGAUGAAGGAACCAGGCUCGACAUGCUACCGCAAGUCGAAGCUCCGUCUCUCGUCUCUCUAACCUUUGGUCAGGUUCGUUCCCAUGGCGCACACAUCUCCAUCUUGUCCAUGUUUUCCUGUCCCAAUCUCGAAUUUCUCGAGUUCCGAGGCCCUGCCAUGAGCAUCCCUCCGUCCUUCGUCUCACGGCUUGCCAAGCUGCAUACUCUUCGCUUCACGGAGUGUUCGAUUGUCAUCAGCUCCGUCAAUGAACAGCGUAUGGACUUCUCAGCGCUGCAUACACUUCCCGCAGUAGCACACGUCCAGUUCUUUCACUCUGCUUGCGAGGAUAUUCUCCCCGUUGGAGACCCACUGCCUCAAUUCAGACGUAGAAGCCUUUCUAUUGGUUCACGGGCCAUGGCAGUUCGUAUUGGGGAAACUGGUAGGAAUGUUGAUAGGGACACGCUCUGUAUCAGGAGACCCCCCCUCGUGGAACGAGCUAACCCUGGGACGUCGUCCGUGAUCUGGGAAACUCUCCAAAGCGUGGUACUAGAUUCCAUACGCCCUAUAGAUGUUCUAUGGUUGUGCAAUCUAGUCCGAGAUCGCCAAGGAUCGAUACAUAGGGUCAAUCUGUCCCAUUCGGCAAAGCGACAUCUGACGGGAAGCCUGAUGGUGCAGGGACAGGAUCCAGAUGUCGUAUUCCUCUUAGCGUCGAGGAAACACAGAUUGGAGCCGGAUAAAAUGGCUAUGGAUAGAUGGAUGGCGAACCGUGUCCAGGUUCGGGAGAUGGAAGACGUGGAUCUGUUGGGCUACGUACCCUUGGACUUCGAUGGAUUGUAGAUGUCACCGUAUCCUAAACAUGUCUCUUUGUAUUCAGCCGCGUAAAUGCUCCUUAACGUAUUCAAUCAGUUUAUGCUGAUAAAGAGGACCGCAGGCUUUACGCAUGAGCAAAAUAUUCCGUGCAAGCAAUCAAACUUGGCGUAACAAAUGUGAUAAGUGGCGGAAUUGCCGUUGGAAACUGAUUUCGCGCCGCAUUGAAUCUGGAAGUGAUCUACAAUCGAAGUCAAUUGCCAGCAACCAUGCUGCGAAAUAUAAAAUUAGAUUGUUUCUAAAAACAAGUGUC